CGCCGACCAUGUCGGCGGCCAAGGAGAACCCGUGUAGGAAAUUCCAGGCCAACAUCUUCAACAAGAGCAAGUGUCAGAACUGCUUUAAGCCCCGCGAGUCGCAUCUGCUCAACGACGAGGACUUGACGCAGGCAAAACCUAUUUAUGGUGGCUGGCUGCUCCUGGCUCCAGAUGGGACUGACUUUGACAACCCAGUACAUCGGUCUCGGAAAUGGCAGCGGCGGUUCUUCAUCCUCUACGAGCACGGCCUCCUGCGCUACGCCCUGGACGAGAUGCCCACAACCCUGCCUCAGGGCACCAUCAACAUGAACCAGUGCACAGAUGUGGUGGAUGGGGAGGCCCGGACAGGCCAGAAGUUCUCCCUGUGCAUCCUGACCCCUGAGAAGGAGCAUUUCAUCCGGGCAGAGACCAAGGAGAUCAUCAGCGGAUGGCUAGAGAUGCUCAUGGUCUAUCCCAGGACCAAUAAGCAGAACCAAAAGAAGAAGCGGAAGGUGGAGCCUCCCACACCACAGGAACCAGGGCCGGCCAAGAUGGCUGUCACCAGCAGCAGCAGCAGCAGCAGCAGCAGCAUCCCCAGUGCUGAGAAAGUCCCCACCACCAAGUCUACACUCUGGCAGGAAGAAAUGAGGGCCAAGGACCAGCCCGACGGGAGCAGCCUGAGUCCAGCUCAGAGUCCCAGCCAGAGCCAGCCUCCCGCUGCCAGCACACUGAGGGAACCUGGGCUGGAGAGCAAAGACGAGGAGAGCGCCAUGAGCAGCGACCGCAUGGACUGUGGCCGCAAAGUCCGGGUAGAGAGCGGCUACUUCUCCCUGGAGAAGACCAAGCAGGACUUGAAGGCCGAGGAGCAGCAGCUGCCCCCGCCGCUCUCCCCUCCCAGCCCCAGCACCCCCAACAACAGGUAUAGUGGCCCCGGACCGCCCUCCCAGGAGCUUGGUCAUCCCCUUCCUUCCCCAGGUUCUCGACCCCCCGGCCGAAUUGUCUGCGGCAGCUCCCGUGGCUCCCUGGACGUGGCCAGCCGGCCCCCCGCCCACACGGACUCCAGCAGCGCUGGGGGGCGGGGAGCAGAGAGACUGGGGCGCACCUUUGCCUUUAAAGCCAGCAGGCAGUAUGCCGCCCUGGCCGACGUCCCUAAGGCCGUCAGGAUCAGCCACCGAGAAGCCUUCCAAGUGGAGAGAAGGCGGCUGGAGCGUAGGACUCGGGCCCGGAGCCCUGGCAGGGAAGAGGUGGCCCGUCUGUUUGGCAACGAGCGGAGGAGGUCCCAGGUCAUUGAGAAAUUUGAGGCCUUGGACAUUGAGAAGGCAGAGCACAUGGAGACUAACUCGACAGCCGGGCCCUCGCCAUCAAGUGACACUCGCCAGGGCCGCAGUGAGAAGAGGGCGUUUCCCAGGAAACGGGACCUCCCCAGCGAAGCCCCCACAGCUCCUCUCCCGGACACCUCGGCCUCCCCCCUGUCUCCACACCGAAGAGCCAAGUCACUGGACAGGAGGUCCACGGAGUCCUCCCUGACGCCUGACCUGCUGAACUUCAAGAAAGGCUGGCUGACCAAGCAGUAUGAGGACGGCCAGUGGAAGAAGCACUGGUUUGUCCUUGCUGAUCAAAGCCUAAGAUACUACAGGGAUUCGGUGGCUGAGGAGGCUGCUGACCUGGACGGGGAAAUUGACUUAUCCACGUGUUAUGAUGUCACGGAGUAUCCAGUCCAGAGAAACUACGGCUUUCAGAUACAUACAAAGGAGGGCGAAUUCACGCUCUCUGCUAUGACAUCUGGAAUCCGGCGGAAUUGGAUCCAGACCAUCAUGAAGCACGUCCACCCGACCUCUGCCCCGGACGUGACGAGCUCAUUGCCAGAGGAAAAGAACCGGAGCAGCUCCUCCUUUGAGACCUGCCCAAGGCCGAGUGAGAAGCCAGAGGUGGAGCGUGGAGAGCCAGACCCCGAGCAGAAGCGGAGCCGGGCUCGUGAGCGGAGGCGGGAGGGGCGCUCUAAGACCUUUGACUGGGCCGAGUUCCGCCCUAUCCAGCAGGCCCUGGCCCAGGAGAGGGCCAGCGCCACUGGGGCCUCUGACGCCCACCCCGAGGCUGAGGCCGGUGAGCUGGAGCGGGAGCGUGCACGGCGGCGGGAAGAACGCCGUAAGCGCUUUGGAAUGCUCGAUACUGUGGACGGGCCGGGCACUGAUGACACGGCCCUGCGGAUGGAGGUUGACCGGAGCCCAGGGCUGCCUAUGACCACCGACCUCAAGACCCAGAACGUCCAUGUGGAAAUUGAGCAGCGGUGGCAUCAGGUGGAGACCACUCCUCUCCGGGAAGAAAAGCAGGUGCCCAUUGCCCCCCUGCACCUGUCCUCCUCCGAGGAUGGAAGUGACCGGCUCUCCACCCACGAGCUGACCUCUCUGCUGGAGAAGGAGUUGGAGCAGAGCCAGAAGGAGGCCUCGGACCUUCUGGAGCAGAACCGGCUCCUACAGGACCAGCUGAGGGUGGCUCUGGGCCGGGAACAGAGCGCCCGGGAGGGCUACGUGCUGCAGACUGAAGUGGCCACCUCCCCAUCCGGUGCCUGGCAGAGGCUCCAUAGAGUCAACCAGGAUCUCCAAAGCGAGCUGGAGGCCCAGUGCCAGCGCCAGGAGCUGGUCACGCAGCAGAUCCAGUCCCUGAAGCGCAGCUACGGGGAGGCCAAGGACGCGAUCCGGCACCACGAGGCCGAGAUCCGGAGCCUCCAGGCGAGGCUCAGCAACGCCGCCGCCGAGCUCGCCAUCAAGGAGCAGGCGCUGGCCAAGCUCAAGGGCGACCUGAAGCUGGAGAAGGACAAGGUCCGCGAGCAGCUGGAGGAGCGGCAGCACAGCGAGGCCGCGCUCAGCGCUCAGCUGCAGGCUAGCGAGCAGAAGCUCAAGGGCGCCGAGGCCCUGCUGCUGGAGAAGACGCAGGAGCUGCGCGACCUGGAGCUGCAGCAGGCGCUGCAGCGCGACCGGCAGAGGGAGGCGCAGCGGCUGCAGGGGCGCAUCGCCGACCUCAGCCAGCAGCUGAGUGCCAGCGAGCAGGCCCAGAGGCUGAUGGAGGAAAAGCUGCAGAGCAACUACGAGGCGCUGCUGGAGAGCUGCGAGAAGGAGAAGCAGGCGCUGCUGCAGAACCUGAAGGAGGUGGAGGACAAGGCCCGCGCCUACGAGGACCAGCUGCAGGACCACGAGCAGCAGGUGGAGGUCCUCCAGAAGGAGAAGCUGAGCGCCAAGUUCGAGGGCAGCGAGGUGGUACGCCAGCUGGAGGAGCGCCUGGAGAUGAAGGAGGCCAGCAUCCACAAGCUGGCUGAGCACGUCCAGAGCCUCAGGGACGAGCGGGACCUGAUCAGGCAGCGCUUCCAGGAGCUGAUGGACCGCGUCGCCCUGUCUGACGGGGACGUCGCCGAGCUCCAGGAGAAGCUGAGGGGAAGGGAGGCCGACUGCCAGAGCCUGGAGCACUCCUACAGGAGGGUGGCCAGCCAGUUGCAGAGCAUGCACACUCUGCUGAAAGAAAAGGAGGAGGAGCUGAAACACAUCAAGGAGAUGCACGAGAAGGUUCUGGAAAAGAAAGAUCAGGACCUCAAUGAGGCUUUGGUUAAAAUGGUCGCCUUGGGGAGCAGCUUGGAGGAGACAGAAAUGAAGCUCCAGGCAAAGGAAGAGAUCUUAAGGAAGUUUGUGAAGGAGUCAUCAGAAGACGCGGAGGAGCCACGGAGCUGCCCGGAAGAGGCGGAGGACGGCAUCGUGCUGUCGGGCCCGCAACCCCAAGCCGCCGUCGCGCCUCCAGCCUUCCCACAUCCGAGGCUCGAGGAUGAGGAUCCGGGGGCUGUCCCAGGGGAGGAGCGUGGUGACAGCAGCCCCAGGAGAGAAGAGAGUCCGGGGACCCUGAAGUCGGAGGUGCCCGACAGGGAGGGGCCCCCUCAGAGCACAACAAAACCCGACCAGGGAGUACCUGGCGUUAAAAGGCAAAGAAUCCGGUUCUCCACGAUCCAGUGCCAAAAAUACACGCACCCAGAUGGGUCCGAGAAGACCUGGACCAGCAGCACGUCCUCCGACACCAGCCAGGACCGGUCCCCCUCGGAAGAGAGCAUGUCGUCAGAGGCCACCCCCAGCUCCCUGCCCGCGGCCAGCGACUCCGACACCUAUCUCUCCAUAAUACACUCCCUGGAGACCAAGCUCUACAUCACGGAGGAGAAGCUCAAAGACGUGACGGUGAAGCUGGAGAGCCAGCAGGGCCAGAGCCAGGAGGCCCUGCUCGCCUUGCACCAGCAGUGGGCUGGCACCGAGGCGCGGCUCCGCGAGCAGCUCCGCGCCAGCCUGCUCCAGGUCGGAGUGCUGGCCUCCCAGCUGGAGCAGGAAAGACAGGCGAGGGCGAAGAUGGUCGAAAAUCACGUCGGGGAGCUGGGCGACUUCCAGGUAAAGAACAGCCAGGCUCUGGCUUGCUUAGAAAACUGCCGAGAGCAGCUGCGAUCCCUGCCGGUGGCCAGCCAGGAGGAAACACAGGCGGGAGCGGGCCCCCUGGUCGGCGUGGAGCACGCGCCGGGCAGCAGCGUCCAGGCCGGGAGCCGCUGGCCAGCGCCUGCAGACAGCGGGGCGCAGGCCCAGCCAGAGGAAGGGGCUUUCUCGGAGUUGGGGAAGGCAACUUCACAGCCACUGCACCGGCCUGAACUGAGUGAGCAGGAGCAGCUGAAACUCCUUUCUGACCAGAUAGCCCUGGAAGCCUCACUGAUCAACCAGAUAGCAGACUCUUUACAAAACACAACAUCGGAUAUCUCGCGUGUUCUGCACGAGAUUUCUCAGUCAGCAAAGUCGCCACUGGAACCUGAAAGUGCUGCUGUCUGUCCUGGGGCCCCAGCGGACACCUGGGCUAAGAAGGUGCUGGUGGAUGGCGAGUUCUGGAGCCAGGUGGAGUCCCUGAGUAAGCACCUGGGAACGCUGGGAGGAGAGGCGGCCGGUGCAGCAGGAGGCGGGCAGCAGAGCGUCCCGCAAGCCCUGGUCCCCGCCCUGGCAGACGCCACGUGGGUCAGGGCAGAGCUCAGCUUCGCCCUGCAGUCAGUGAGGGAGUCAUUCCACCGCCGGUUGCAGAGCAUCCAGGAGACCCUCCAGGGGACCCAGAUGGCGCUGCAGCAGCACAAGCGCGCGCUCGGGGACAUCCUGGGGGCCUACCGAACCCCCGACUUUGAGAGAGUGAUGCAGCAGGUCUCCGAAGCCCUCCAGCUUCCCGCAGGCGUUGAAGAUGGCAUGCAGGCAUCCUGGGACUUGAGCCCGUUGGGAGAAGUACUGAGUCCUCAAGAAGGAGCCGGCUUCCAGGAGCCCUUCUACUUGUCCACCCAGAGCUCCAGGGCCCUUGUUGCCAUUCAGGAGGAGCUCGCCCUGCAGCUUAAAGAUAAGGCCAGCCUCUUAGGGGAGAUAUCUGCCGCUUUAACCUCGCUCCCCCCGGUGGAAUCAGUAAGAGAUUGCCAGAAGCUUCUCCAGGCAUCCCAGAAUCUGUCCUGUAACACUUACUUGGGAGGCCUCGGUCAGUAUUCUUCGUUAUUAGUUCAGGAUGCAAUCAUUCAGGCUCAGGUGUGUUAUGCAGCCUGCAGAAUCCGGCUGGAGUAUGAAAAGGAGCUCCGGUGCUACAAGGCGUCCUGGCAGAGCAGGGGCACCUCCUGUCAGGAGCACGAGCAAGCGGUCGGGGCCCUGAGGGAGGAGUAUGAGGGACUUCUCCGGAAGCAAAAGAGCGAGUACCUGGAAGUGAUUGCCAUCAUCGAAAGGGAGAAUGCAGAGCUCAAGGCCAAGGUCGCCCAGCUGGACCAUCAGCAGAGGUGUCUGGAAGAAGCAGAAAGCAAACACAGCGAGAACAUGUGUGCCCUGCAAGGGAGGUACGAGGAGGAGAUCCGGUGUGUGGUGGAGCAGUUGAACAGGGCAGGGGACACGCUGCAGGCCGAGCACAGCAGAGUCCUGAGUCAGCUGGACGCCUCGGUCAGGGACCGGCGGGACAUGGAGAGGCACCACGUGGAGCAGAUGCAGAGCCUGGAGGACAAGUUCCAGCUCAAGAUCAAAGAGCUGCAGACCAUACACGAGGAGGAGCUGAGGACCCUGCAGGAGCACUACGCCCAGAGCCUCCGCUGCCUGCAGGAGGCCCUGCACCACUACCAGGGGCGGCCCCCCGAAGCCCUGCCGGCCCCCGGCCCCCCGGGGGGCCCUCGGCAGCCCCCCUCCUCUAGCUGGCCCGCAGACCGGCCCCGGGACGCUCCGCAGCCAACCGGGGGAGAGGCUGACUCCAUGACAGGGCUGAGAGAGCGCAUCCAGGAGCUCGAGGCCCAGAUGGACAUCAUGCGGGAGGAGCUGGAGCACAAGGACCUGGAGGGCAAUGCGGCCACGCUGCGGGAGAAGUACCAGAAAGACUUUGAGAACCUUAAGGCUACGUGCGAGCGAGGGUUUGCUGCGAUGGAAGAAACGCACCAGAAGAAGAUCGAGGACCUGCAGAGGCAGCACCAACGGGAGCUGGAGAAGCUGCGAGAGGAGAAGGACCGCCUGCUGGCUGAGGAGACGGCGGCCACCAUCUCAGCCAUCGAAGCCAUGAAGAACGCCCACCGGGAGGAGAUGGAACGCGAGCUGGAGAAGAGCCAGCGGUCCCAGAUCAGCAGUAUCAACUCGGACAUUGAGGCCCUACGACGGCAGUACCUGGAGGAGCUGCAGUCCGUGCAGCGGGAGCUGGAGGUGCUCUCGGAGCAGUACUCGCAGAAGUGUCUGGAGAACGCCCACCUGGCCCAGGCGCUGGAGGCCGAGCGCCAGGCCCUGCGGCAGUGCCAGCGUGAGAACCAGGAGCUCAACGCCCACAACCAGGAGCUGAACAACCGCCUGGCUGCAGAGAUCUCACGGUUACGGACGCUGCUGACCGGGGAUGCCGGUGGAGAGGCCGCUGGCUCACCUCUCACACAGGGCAAGGAUGCCUAUGAGUUAGAGGUCUUAUUGCGGGUCAAGGAGUCAGAAAUACAGUACCUGAAACAGGAGAUCAGCUCUCUCAAGGACGAGCUACAGACGGCAUUGCGGGACAAGAAGUAUGCUAGUGACAAGUACAAGGACAUCUACACAGAGCUCAGCAUCGUGAGAGCAAAGGCCGACUGUGACAUCAGCAGGUUGAAAGAGCAGCUGAAAGCAGCAACGGAAGCACUGGGUGAAAAAUCCCCUGAAAACACCCCUGUGUCCGGAUAUGAUAUAAUGAAAUCUAAAAGCAACCCUGACUUUUUAAAGAAAGACAGAUCCUGUGUCAGCCGGCAACUCAGAAACAUCAGGUCCAAGAGUCUGAAGGAAGGCCUGACCGUGCAAGAACGCUUGAAGCUCUUUGAAUCCAGGGACUUGAAGAAAGACUAGCUGUGUCCCGUUCAACUUGAACACACACCCCUCCCGGCUCGCGGCAGCACUACCCAAGUGCCGCUUCUUGUCUGUACCUUUAUUUUUUAUUAUUAUUAUUGUUGUCGUUACCGUUGUCAUCAUUAACUGUGGGUAUGGAUGCAUGAGAGACUGGUUUAUGGGUUGUUCACAUCGUUCCCCACUGUGUUGAUUCCCAGUUCCCGUGUCCUCGUCAAAGCUUCGUUCCCACAGUAUCCAGAAACCCGCCAGGCAGCGAGGGCCAGGAGGGCUGUCCGCUCCUGGCCGGGUCUGCAUAGAGCCCCCUCCCGCCGCAGCCACCGCACUCACCGUCAGUAUUAAGGCCCAGCAGUCUGUCGAUAAGCUAGCUCGUCCUGCCGAGUGCACUGUGUGUGCGGAGUCGGGGCCCGGGCAGUUCUCGCUCUGCCGCGUCUGGGUCACUAGGAGAGAGCAGGGCAUCAGGUGGCGGCACCGACAGCUCACUAGCCUUCGGGAGAAGCUGGGAGAGCAGGUCGGGGGGCACGGUUCACAACCCCCGGUCACCACCUUUGGCUUGGGAGAAGGACGGCGUUUUGUAUGGGUCCCACUAAUUCAGCUUAGAGCCGCACCGCAGAUAAUCGCGGGAAACCGUUCACAACCUGGAGAAUGUCGAAAGCAGCCAUUCCUAUUUUUGUUUGUUUUUUAUUAAAUCUUGCACAAAACCCCGGCCCCUCGCAUUCCUUCCUACGCUCGCUCCUUUGUUGGUCACCAGUAGCCCUGGUCUCUUCCUAACAACUUAAGAGUGUUGACCUGUGGCCUGGGCUGCAGACCGUGCUUACAAAGCCUGAUGAAUUCCCUUGGGGAAUCAGUCAAGGGGAAAGACUGUUCCGGUCUUUAACCUUUCUGAAAGAAACCUCCACAUUGCUUUUGAGAAGGCUGAGUGAAGACCCCUAUGUUAAGUCAAAAAGAAAGUGCAGAGGAUGUCGGAAUCAGAUGAAAACUGCCACUGUUGUUUUUAACUCUACUCUGAGCUCUGAAAGGUUCUCGCGCAGCAUUCAGAGAGCCUAAAGUAAACCUGUGCUAGCAAUGUUGCUUUUUCUAACAGAGUGAGACCUCUUUACCUGCCAUGAAACACGACGGCAGUUCUCGAAAACCUCUCACGCUGGGGUGUCCGUCCCGGCACCCGGAAAACCAUUAAUCCUGUUGAGACGAGGACUGUCAACAAAGCCCCGCCGAGUGGGAAGCCGUUCGCGGCUCUAGAGCGGCCGGAAGUGCUGCAAUAGAGUGUCAGGAGGAGCUCGUUCUGGUCUCGCCGCCUCUGUCUCCCGUUGAUUUUAUUGCCAAGAGCGCACUUUCACUCUGUCGAUGCUUCCGUUAGGUGGGGAGUCUGGGUACGUGGGUACUUUGGGGGUAGAAACGUGGAAAUCACCUUGCUCAGUCUCUAGAUUCGGUUAACAAGGUCAUCCAGGGAAAGCCCUGGAAGGGCCGGGCAGAAGGGCCUGGGGCGUGCUGUCUUCUGGUGGGAAUAAACUCCGAGCCGUCCACUGGCAUCGAGGCUCUUCUGUGCACCGACCUCCAGAGCCUUAACCCACACCUGUCACUCCUUUGCUGCUAUUCCAUGUUUUUAAAGGCAAGAGAAUGUUAGGUCUGGGUUUUCAAUGCUACUCACCAGACACCACUCCCCGCACCACCCCUGGUGUAGAUUGGCAGCAUUUGUAGGAAGGACCACGGUUUUGUGCGUGUGCCGCUCAGCAUGGGAUGCUCCGGAUCCCGUGGUCCGUUCUUUGGGCUCUAGAACGCUAUUUAACACGUAUGUCCUCCAGGGCAGAGAGUGAGGUGAUGGCCAGCAGGAUCUGAUGGGGCAGGGGCCUUGUUGCCUGGUCCCCGCACAGACCGUCUCAGCACCACGGUUUCACGUCACUCCUUCGGAGAACUCCCUUCUACCGCAGUUUCCUUAGUGAGUGUCCCUGCUGCCUCUGGGGACUCUAGCCCUUCUCCAGGCAGCCCCCUGCCUCCAGCCCUCUCUGGCUUCUGGUUUCCUGGCAGGGUCCCUGCAUGAAAUCCAGCCCCACCUGCCUUCGGACCGUGCCGAGGGUCCGAAACCUGCAGUACUUUAAAUAGGUCAGAGCACUUUACGCACCUGUGUUCAUCACUUAGCCCUUGAGGUCGCACCUCAGGAGCAGCAGUAUGCGGAGGUGGAAGGCAGAGACCAAGACAGACAGAUCGGUCACCACAGCCUCUGAGGGCUCCGCCUCCUCGCCCCAGAGACCACAGAACUCGCUCCCCUGGGCUGCUUCAGUCUGGGCGUUACCAGGAACGGGCUACAAACCGGGGCGCCCUGGCUUCUCUCCAACAAAAGGCUGCUCCUGCUGCAGCCUCCAGAAAAGGCCCCGAGCCUAGCCUGGUCUUGCUGAGCGUCGCAUAGUGACGGCUAUGGCCUAGAACCCGAUCUGAGCCACCUGCUGAUAAGCCGGUCCUCUGGCUGGAGAGAGCAGACAGAACAGAAUAAAGGGGGCUUCACUUUACCACCUCUGUGUUGCACCCCAAUCCCGCUGUGCAUGGUCUCCGUAGAGCACCCAGAACCUCGAGGAGGUUUUAGCCACCAAGUUCCUGAGAGAAGAAAGAAUAAAGCUGUGGGGGUGGAGUUGCUUUCUGUGCCGAUGGAGAAGGGUCCUUCGGUGGAUGGGGUAGUGUAGGUGAUUGUGAACUUGGGGUGCUCCCACUGCUCCUGGUGCUGACCGGGCAGUGGGGGUGUCCCCACUUCCCAGUGGAAGAUGAGCACGUGCAUCGAGUCUUCCCAGUUGUAAUGAUCUUCCUGUAAAUGGUCACUGGUCCCUCUGUGGUUCGCUAGCAGCUGACAAGCCAUCAAACACUCGAACGGGAAAAUGGAACCGUUUGACAUCGACGGGGUCUGUGCGUAAGAUCCGCGCUCUCACGUCUGCACAUGCGUGCGCACACAUGCCGAAGAGCCGCUUUCUGCCAGUCAGGCUCCUUUAUUGAUGUGUGUGACUUCAGCGCCUGCUAGCAUUCCAGUGACCGUAGCUGUCUGCGGCCUCCCUGGCAGACGUGCGGCAGAGCACUUUGCCUUUGGAAAUGGAAACUUGCACCGUAAGGCCUCAAACUGGGUCUGAACUUGAUGGAGGAGGUUAGGGCCAUCCUGGGGCGACAGGUGGGGGCCAUGGGAGGAGUGUGUGGGUUUGUCAAGAGCCAGGAUCAGAGGCUCCUCCCUAGGAAUCCAGUGAGUGGAAAGGCCCCAGGCUCUGGCUAAUUAAGAGGAACCUGUCACGCCGUGGACUCACCAGUCAGUAGCUCACCGACCCAACAGCUAGGCCUCGGGGGGCCUCACGGUGGCCAGACUCGGGGGGAGAGCGAAUUGCGGUUCCUAAGAAACGUAAUUGUGGCCCUCGGAGUCUGUCUGAAAGGGACUGUGACAGUUGUUAAUAAGGCCACGAAACAAAAUCGAUGGCAUAAAAAAACAAGUUUUAGAGUUCCAGUUGAUAGUGUUUAUCUCACCAUGGAGCUGGAACACUUAACCUGAAAACCGAGCACGAUCCUUGUCACUGCUGCCUGGCGGUCCCCUUGGCGAGUCCGUCUUUAGCCUGGGACUGGGCCUGGGGCAGCACUUGUCUGCCCCACCCCUGCUGGAGGCCAGGCACCUGCCCCGUGGCCACUUUUCUUGGGCUUUAAAGCAACUCACGCGGCUGUGCCGGGGUCCCCGACAGCUCGCCGGCUACAGGGAAGCACUGCGGGCACCCCCACGUGUUCCCCACUCAGAUGAGCCAGUGGGCAGUGCGUUGCUGCUUCCACUCCCCUGGCUCCCAGAGCUGCCCAGGCCCCUUCGGCAGACUCAGCCCAUGCAUCACCCGAUCUCGGGCCCCGUGUGCUCUGUCACGGCUGACCACACACCAGCUCUUCUCCAGGCACUCGGAGCUGUUUUCACUCAGAGUGGAAAGAAUGCGGCCCAUCAACAUGUCUUCUCAAAUCUAAAAGUAGUCCUGAAAGUAAGCGCCCGCAUCGCUGUCCCACGGAAGCUUGCCACAAUUUUAACUCCGUUGAACACACAACUUCAGAAAGCCGGAAAACUACAGAAUUCAGCGACCCUUCAUCACCAAGAAAGGUGGGAGGGAGGGGGGAUUUUUAAAGUUCUUACAAAGGACAGGGAAGCAGGUAGUAAAAGGAAAAAAGCUUGUGCUCAUCGGCAGCUUCGCUUGUCUGGAAACGUCCGUCCUUUGGAACACCUCCCACCCUGAACAUCCUGGAAGCGGAGCUCCUGCCAUGCAUUCUGUCAGAUAGGAAUUUGCUUCACAAACAGAUCUGACGUGCCGCCCGGACGUGUUCUCCAUCAGCUGGGAUCGGCGGGCAGCUCUCGGGGCCCCGGCGCCACGGCGUCCACUCUUCACCAGGGCCUGGGGAGGUGCUGCCGAAAACUUGCUUGUGCUGACGCUUCUUACAGUUCAGGUAUUUGCGUGCUGCUUUGUGUAGUCUUUCAUCGCAGGCUCUCGCCCCUUGGGUCAUUCUUGAGAGACGAAGCCCUGUACUGUCCGCUCAGUCAGCGAGCGCUACGAUACCUAAAAGGCGUGAGCUCAGACAGGAGACCCCUGAUCCGAGGAGAGAUCUUUCCAUCCACCUGAGAUUGGGUCAAAAGGUAAAGUCCACUGUUCUCAGCACCACGUAGGACAUCGUAGGACGCAUCCCCCGCUCCAUAGCUGGCCGCGUCUGCCCAGAGACGGGGUCCGUGGUACUUGGAUGGGGUGCCGUUGCUCUCACACCUGGACGCUUUCAGUGAGGCCGUACUUCCCACGGUGGAAAGUUUCAAUAACAACCAGCCCGAAGUGAGUCUGGUAAAACCACUUGUUUUGGGUUCUUUGUGAGGAAGACAGGACAUAAACACAGUACGAAAACGAACAUCUAUUUCUCUCAAGGGUUGUCGGCUGGAAAAGACCCAGCCUCAUUCUUCUGCCCUUUUGAAAACAAGUUUCGAGUAUUCUGGUUUAUUAAAGGGAAGGGGUCUCCCUUCUUGUCUUUGAGCAGAGGAAUCUGAGCAGAGUACGAGGAAUACCUCAGCACCACCCCAGCCCCACUGUAGGGAGCAAGGACCACCUGCCCCAACACAGCCUGGGCCCCUUCCCCCUAGGUGCCGGCGUGCCUUGUGGAGAGGAGCCCGCCUCACUGGCUUCCAGCUUCUCUGUGUAAAAGCCACUGUUUACUUUCUUCGAAAUAACCUACGUUAUACAGAGUGAGCGGUGUAAAUAUUACUCAGAAAUUACCGCAGGGAUUUUUGUGACAGAGUUGGUAUGGGUUUAAAAAUAUCCCUUCGCAAGCUAGGGAGGACAGCUUUGGGUUCAACACUGAAUGCCACCCAGAGUGAUAAGGAACCGUUUCUGACGGGUGAUGCACCUUCUUCAAAGCUUCGGUCACCUCAUGGGCGGUUUUCAGGAGUGCAUGCCAGCAUCUGAAGUAACAGGAGGCCUGCAUCCACGCGCGUUUUCUCUGGAAGAACUCCGUCAUACUCCCGGCCGAGUCAUUCGGAGGCCUCCAGGAAAAGCAGGACCGUGGAGAACGUAGUGGGCACAUCUUCCCCAGAUCUUUCCGUGGCAAUUUCCGGCCUGUAGGGAGACGUCGUGGAAGGCACCGCUCUGGCCCGAGCGGCCGGAUGGGGGGACUCGUGACCCCUCGCCGGGCCGGGCGUCUGCAUGUCCCCCACUCCUAGGUCCUGUGGGAAGUGUCAAGGGUGCAGAGCUGCCAGCGCGGUCCCUUUGCAUCGUGUGUCUGCGUCACUUUGGGGAGGGAACGUGCAGGAAACCGGCUCAUCCGGUGCAUAGGCUGACCCAGGAGGACUCGGAGGCCCCGAGGGUGAAGCACAUGGUCCGUGGGCGCCGGUCGGGGGCUGGUGGGGGAAGGGAGAGCUUCUCGGGAUGCAGUCCGAACACCGGAAGGAAUGAAGUUCUGGAAAAGCAGCGGUCGCCGGACACAGUCGGCCUGCCACCCGUCACGUGUCUGUGCCCUUCACAACUAGUUGUAUCACAUAUUUCAGUUUUGUUUUAUAGGAAGCUAGGAAUAGAUUAUAUAAAGAACACUAAAGUCAUUAUUGUGUUAUAAGUUUGUAUCACAAAACCAAUUACGAUGGAUUUUAGGAUUUACCUUUAGUAUUAAUGACUUCUCUACUGACUUACUGUUAGGACUUAAAACCAGUUAAGUGCUAAGAAUUCAUGUGGUUUUCCUAAGUAAUAUUUAUAAAGUGUAAAGUUUCUAAGUGACUCCUCACCAAUUGUAAUUCUUAAUAACUUUUCUCACAAAUACACUCUUGUGUCAGAGGGAACGUCUCAGUCCAGCGACCAAGGACGACAACGCUAGGCCAAACUGCUGGGGGAGCUGAUACACGAACAAAGUGGAACGUGUAGAUAACUUUCUGCUGUGACAAGUUUGGAAAUAAUCCACAGCAGUGACUUCUGUCACAGCAAAUUAUUGCAACAGUCGGGUGAUAACGUGUUCAAACAACAAGCCCGUGUAAUUCUAACCGGGGUUUCAUUUCUGUACUAAUGCUAAGUGGUAACGUUCUCUGAACGUGUGCGGAGGCCACUGGGCUCGGCAGCCCCCCACUGCCCCCCCCCCCCACUGGGGCGGCCCCAGGGGCUCUGCCAGGGGGUGGAGGGGGGGCGUGGCAUCUUCUGUCCGGCCACACUGCCCUCCCAAAGAGGUGAGCCCGGUCAGCCAAGCUGCUCGCUCUUCCGACAAUUCAACAUUUUGAUGGUUUCAUUGAGGCUUUUUUAAAAAAAUAAACCGUUUCUGAACAACUGUUCACAAUUGAAGUGUUCCUUUGUCAAAAUAUUUAUUCCUUUGUGUGACAUGCUAGAUUCCCAUGGAUGCAGCUGAUCGUUUCUACUUUGUAAAUAUUACCUAACUUUACAUAAACUAUAUCAUAAUAAACUAUUUUUGCAUCACCCUG